AUGUCAUGCAAUUCUUUAAUUUUUUACACAAAAUUAAUAAAAGCUGUCACGCUAAUAACGAUAUACUCAUUUAUAUUAUGUGACACUAGUUAUGUUUCUAAUGACAUCGAGCUGGAACUAUGCAAGAACUUAGACAAAAUAUCACUGGGCACUAGUUGUCUAUCAGAUUGCGAAGGUAAUUGUUCUGGAAAAAUACCUCCCGAUAUGAUCUUCCUAAAGGAAUCAGAAUUAUCCUCGUUGGCUACUGAUUGCCCUAGAGGCAAAUACCGCGUCGUUUGUACCCCGGGAAACCCAGUAAUAGCAAAUUACCCAUUGUGUGAAUUGACAGAUACUAGCUUUUGUAAAGGCCAAGAUUGUGCUUGUUGGAGUACCUGCAUUAACAGAAGUUGUGAUUCUGCAAGUGACAAAUGGCCAACUAGUGAUAAUUACAAAUUUGGCGAAGAAACUUCAAAAUUUAUGCAUAAAAAUGAUGAAAUAACUACAGCAGGGUGCCUAUUACCAUCUUAUCGUGUUUUAUGUGUAAAUUGA